AUGUCGAAUCUACAUGCGUCCUCGUACGUCGCGAAUUUCGGUCAAAACCGCAAUGUUUCUAAAAUCGGACAAACUGAAAGCCGCAGACGCGUCAGUGGCGUUGAGUAUAUAUACGCGCUACUGAAGAAAAGUGCUCGUGUGAAUGACGGUACCGCGCCUAGAUUCCCGGCCCCACAGAGCCACAGACAGAGAUAUUCGGGAGUGCUUGCUCUGGUUUUCAUCUCGGAGAAACCGACGCGUUAUCAGCGUUCAUUUCAAUCUAGGGUCUACUCGGCUAUUGAUGGGACCCCAUCUUCGGUAAAGGGAAGGAAACCUUUGACGCGUGUUCGUUCCUUGCGUUUGUCGGUGAAUAUGGGUGGUCGUGUCUUUUUUUCUUGUUUUCCCGUGUUGGAAAUGAAGGCACCGGUCUAUUGUUGGCGGGUUUGCCUCUCCCGAACCGAGCUCGAGGAGCAUACGCAUACUUACUUAACGCUUGGUUGA